GUCGCAGUCAGUUUGGCGUUGGAUCCCGGAGGGCGCGGGGCUCCGAGUGGCCACCGGCGCGCGGCGGGCUGGCCGAGGCCGGGCAGCGGGGCCUCAGCCAUGCCCGGGAUGGUGCUUUUCGGUCGGCGCUGGGCCAUCGCCAGCGACGACCUGGUCUUCCCGGGGUUCUUCGAGCUGUCCCUGCGAGUGGUGUGGUGGAUUGGCAUUUUGACUUUGUACCUCAUGCACAGAGGGAAGCUGAACUGUGCAGGCGGCGCCCUGCUCAGCAGUUAUUUGAUCGUUCUUCUUGUUCUCCUAGCAGUUAUUAUAUGUACGGUGUCCGCCAUUGUGUGUGUCAGCAUGAAAGGAACCAUCUGUAAUCCCGGACCACGGAAAUCUAUGUCCAAACUGCUUUACCUCCGCCUCGCGCUCUUUCUGCCAGAGAUGGUCUGGGCUUCUCUGGGGUCCGCCUGGAUAGCAGACGACGUGCAGUGUGACAGGACGGUGGUGAAUGGCGUCAUUGCCACCGUCAUCAUCAGUUGGAUUAUCAUCAUCUCCACUGUGGUCACCAUCAUCAUCGUCUUUGACCCCCUCGGGGGGAAAAUGGUUCCGUAUCCCUCCUCUGGCCCCAACCACCUGGAUAGUCAUGAGUCGAGCCAGCUACUUAACGGCCUCAAGACAGCAGCUACCAGCGUGUGGGAGACCAGAAUCAAGUUCCUGUGCUGUUGUGUCGGGAAAGACGACCAUACUCGAGUUGCUUUUUCGAGUACGGCAGAGCUUUUCUCAACCUACUUUUCAGACACAGACCUGGUGCCCAGCGACAUCGCGGCAGGCCUCACCCUUCUCCAUCAGCAACAGGACAAUAUCAGGAACAGCCGGGAGCCGGAGGGGGUGAUCGGCCAUUCCCCGGGGCCCCCCCAGGAAGCUGAUUUGGACGCCGAGUUAGCCAAUUGUCACCAUUAUAUGCAGUUUGCAGCAGCGGCCUAUGGGUGGCCUCUCUACAUCUAUCGGAACCCCUUCACCGGGCUCUGCAAGAUUGGCGGGGACUGUUGUCGAAGCAGGACGACGGAAUAUGACUUGGUCGGAGGCGAUCAGCUCCACUGUCACUUCGGCUCCAUCCUGCACACGACGGGCCUGCAGUACAGGGACUUCAUUCACAUAAGCUUUCAUGACAAGGUCUAUGAGCUUCCCUUUUUAGUGGCUCUGGACCACAGGAAAGAAUCUGUUGUGGUAGCCGUGAGAGGAACGAUGUCUCUGCAGGACAUCCUCACGGACCUGUCAGCGGAGAAUGAGACCCUCAACUUAGAGUGUGGGGUGCAAGACUGUUCGGCACACAAGGGGAUUUCUCAAGCCGCCAGAUACGUUUACCAGCGCCUCGUCAACGAUGGGAUUUUGAGCCAAGCAUUCAGCAUCGCUCCCGAGUACCGGCUGGUGGUGGUGGGCCACAGCCUGGGGGCGGGCGCCGCGGCCCUGCUGGCCAUCAUGCUCCGGAGCGCGUACCCGCAGGUCCGCUGCUACGCCUUCUCCCCGCCCAGGGGGCUGCUGAGCAAAUCCCUUUAUGAAUACUCUAAGAACUUCAUCGUGUCACUUGUCCUAGGCAAGGAUGUCAUUCCCAGGUUAAGUGUGACUAACCUGGAAGAUCUGAAGAAGAGAAUCUUGCGAGUGAUUGCUCACUGUAACAAGCCCAAGUACCAGAUUUUGCUGUACGGGUGUUGGUACGAGCUGUUCGGAGGAAGUCCGGAUAACUUUCCGACGGAGCUGGACGGGGGCGCCCAGGGAGACCUGACGCAGCCGCUUCUGGGGGAGCAGAGCCUGCUGAUGCACGGGUCCCCGACCUACAGCUUCUCCAGCGACUCCCCCUUGGAGUCCCCCACCAAGUAUCCCCCUCUCUACCCUCCCGGCAGGAUCAUCCACCUGGAGGAAGAAGGUGCUUCAGGGAGGUUUUGGCGUUCUGCUGCUCAGUACAGUGCCAGGUGGUCACACGAAUCACAAUUCAGCAAAAUACUCAUCGGUCCCAAGAUGUUGACAGACCAUAUGCCCCACGUCCUGAUGAAGGCCUUGGACAGCGUGGUGUCGGACAGGGCCGGCUACGUCUUCUGCCCAGCCCGAGGCGGCUCGAACGUGGACAUGGUGUAACCGGGGCUCAUGCAAAGUGCUCCAGGACGAAAGACCGACACUCCUGUUGUUAAACUGACAAAAUCAGUGAUUCCCAUGAUGCCAGUACCUUUGAUGUCCAUCGGUAGAAAUUGGAUGGUCUUCUAAAAUCACUGAAUAAUUUGGGAAGUCCUUUUGAUCCCAGUAUUAGCAGGAUCAGUUAUCAGGAGAGAGCGUGGAGAGGAUGGGGCUCACGUAGGAAGCUUCGGGAAGCUCCAGGGCCAUUCCUUGGUGAUCUGAGAACUGCCCCCAGGAAAGGAUGGGAACCCAAGGCCAGGUUUAAGACCCUGAUGGAUCGAUCCGUAGCUUCCCACCCCUGACGCCACCUUUUCACUGACGGGGUCUUACCACUGUUGAGAGGAGUCUGACCUGGGCUUACAGCUGUGCAAUUUAUUCUGCAAACUGGAUUUUCCUGGCUGCACAGAUGGGCUUUUUCUCCUGGGUGGCCCUGAGGUCGGGCUGCGAACUGGGACCCCUGCCCCUGAGCACUGAGUCUCCACAUCAAGCUCACUGCUUCAUUUGCACAUAAUAAUCUGGCUUUUGGAGGUCAGCCAGUGGAUUCAGGGGGAGUUAAUAAAGCACUUACACGUGU